AUGGGUUCCAGUGAUUAAAAGGCUUCAAUAGUUUUUAGAGGAAUUAAUGGGUAAUUAAUGAAUAAUAUGAUUUAGCGCAACUGCAUAUGUCGCAGCAUAACAUUCUUAAUUUUUUGCUUCUUGGUAUAGUAAUGUUUCAGGAUUGAUAAGGUUAGCCCCUUAUGAUUGUGAUGAUGCAAAAUAAUUAUUGAAAGCAACAGUUUUUAAUCCUAACCCUGUUGUAUUUUUGAAUGUGAGAUUCUAUACAGUGAAUCAUUGGAAUUAUCUGCUGAAGACAGAGAUCCAAAUUAUAUUACUCUAAUUAGAAAGGCUAAGAUUAUGAGAAAAGAUGAAAAUGUUAAAAUUAAAGCAUUUUCUAAAAUGGUUGAAUAUUACCUUAUAACUGAUGAAUAAUUAUUUCGUGAGGGCAUUAUUUAUGAAGUUUUUAAUUUAAGAAGUUAAAGGCCAUUAAAUAGAGAAAAUAUUAUUGAGAGUGUAAAGAAAACAGGUAGAGUUGUUUUUUUGAAGAAGGAUGGACUUAAUCUGGUAUUGGAGUUGAAAUUGCUCUUUAAUUAUGGAAUGAGAAGCAUUUAAAUAUUUGGAUGCUCCUAUUUAAAGAGUAACAGGUAUUGAAAUACCAACACC